CCCAGUCGGUCCUCCAGCGACCAAAUGCGCAGUUACUCUGUCCAAAUCGGCCCACCAGUGUCCCAGCGUGGUUAGUCCUCCCAGUUCGGUCCUCCAAUGGUCAAGCGGGCCAGCAGUCCGAAUCUGCAGCUGGCGGCCUAGGACUCGGCCCUCCGCUCUCCGGGAUCGCGUCCGCCGUCAGUCAGUCGGAUACAACUGAAUGGCUUGUUAGGCCGUUUCAGAGGGCAUUUAAGGUUCUGGAGUCACAUAUCAGCCAGACCAGCAGGAGCAGCCAUGGCCCGGAAACUCUUGGGACACAUCUGCAUUGUGACGGGGGCCUCCCGUGGGAUUGGGAAAGGCAUCGCCCUCCAGCUUGGGGAGGCUGGAGCCACCGUCUACAUCACCGGCCGCAACAUGGAAACUUUGCGGCAGGCUGCUGAGGAGGUAGCGGCGCGCGGUGGGAAGUGUGUGCCGGUGGUGUGCGACUCGGGCAAGGAGGAGGAGGUCAGAUCCCUCUUCGGCAAGGUGCAGCAGGAGCAAGAUGGCCGCCUGGACAUCCUGGUCAACAAUGCCUACUCGGUGGUUCAGGCCAUCUUCAGGAACCGCAAUCAGCCUUUCUGGGAGACGCCACCCUUGAUCUGGGACGACAUCAAUAAUGUGGGACUGCGGGGUCACUACCUGUGCUCUGUGUACGGGGCCCGGAUGAUGGUGAAGGCGGGGAGGGGGUUGAUCGUGGUCAUCUCCUCCAUGGGGGGCCUGAGAUACACCUUCAACGUCGCCUACGGAGUGGGCAAGGCCGCGUGUGACCGGCUGGCCCAGGACUGUGCGGUGGAGCUGAGGAGACAUGGCGUCUCCUGCCUGUCGCUGUGGCCGGGGGCCGUCCGCACCGAGACCGCCAUCAAACUCCUCGACGCCCCAGCGGAGACCCCCAGCGACGUGCAGAUGGCCAAACUUAUCAGCCGCGGGGAGACGCCGGAGAUGAGCGGCCUCUGCAUCGUUGCCUUGGCUACAGACAGAAACCUGCUGAAGAAAUCGGGGAGAGUGCACCUGACCUCUGACCUGGCUUCCGAGUACGGGCUGGUGGACGUGGACGGACGGCCCAUGGUGCAGUACCGAUCACUGGGGUUCCUCCUGCAGCAGGUACCAGGCCUGACCUGGCUCGGCGCCCUCCUGCCAGACUUCAUCAAGGCACCCAAGUGGAUGAUGGCCCUGAUCGCCAGCCGUUUCUGAGCAACUUGAGACACCGAGAGCCUGGCUGUGAGAUGGCCAUGUUUCUUUCUACUUGGGAAUAGACGUUCACUGCCUUCCCAUCCCCAUCCCCCUCAUCCCCCCACCCCUCUCAUCUCCAUCCCAUCCACUUACUCCCCUCCCCUUCCCCCUCCUCAUUGCAGGGCUCCCCCCUUCCCAGACUGUAUUUCUAUGCCAAUUCCUCGCCCUCUCACUUUAUCAUCUGCCCUCUCUGAGCAAUCCCACCCCACUGUAUCCACCACCCCUCCCUCCCUCAACCCUCCACCCUCCCACCACUGCCCCCAUCUGUCCUCACCUCCUACCCUGCUCAUUUUAAUAUCUAAUAAAGGUGCUUUUGUGCUAA